AUAUCUUGAUUCUAAAAAAAUGAAUUCAAUAUUUUACACAAAAUUUGAAGAAUUAUUUUAUAAAACUGAUGAAUUAAUAAAUUUCAAAAAAGAAUACAAAGAAUAUAAAUUAGGAUAUUCAACAAAUAGGAAAUCCAAUGAUAUCAUUAAUAAAUCUUACAGAAAAAUUAGUGAUAUAUUAAUUGAAUAUAUUGUUGAAAUGUGGAAAACUCCUAGGAUCUCAAUAUCUGAAAGCAUGGGUUGUACGGUGGAAGAGUACGAUGAUUUGAUCGGAUUAUUUAAGAAAGAAGUUAAGCAGAAAAAUACCUAUAUAAGAUACAUUAGAAUCUACGCUCAAAAGAAAGAAUAA